AUGGCACCUGCUAAACUACCGUCCAACUUUGAAUGGGGAUUUGCGACAGCGGCGUACCAAAUUGAAGGGGCUGUGGACGAAGACGGUCGUGGAAAGAGCAUCUGGGACACGUUCUGUCAUUUGGAACCCUCACGUACCAAGAAUGCCACCGGCGACGUUGCCUGUGAUCAUUACCACCGCUACGAGGAAGACUUCGACCUUCCUUCUAAAUACGGAUCGAAAGCUUAUCGAUUCUCUAUUUCCUGGUCCAGGAUAAUUCCUCUUGGAGGGCGUUAUGAUCCCAUCAACGAAGCCGGAGUCGCAUUCUACAACCGAUUGAUCGACUCCCUUCUCGCCAGAGGAAUCACUCCCUGGGCUUUGCAUGAUCGCUACGGCGGCUGGCUGGACGUGGAAAAAUCGCAGAGGGAUUUUGAGAGGUAUGCCCGCGUCUGUUUCGAGCGAUUUGGAGACCGCGUUCGCAACUGGAUUACUCUUAACGAGCCCUGGAUCGCGGCCAUCUUCGGAUACGCAACGGGCGUCAACGCGCCUGGGCGAGGUAGCAUCGCCCCUGGCAUAACUGAAGGGCAUACUCCAACGGAACCGUGGAUUGUUGGCAAGUCUCUUAUCAUGAGCCAUGCUCGUGCUGUUGUAGUCUACAAACGAGACUUUCACCCAGUGCAGAAGGGGCAAAUCGGGUUUGGCCCAGGUUUACCCGCAGUGUAUGCGAGAGCAGCUGCGCAAUCGCCUGCCAAAGUUUCUUUCUUCAGAGAUGCAACUCCUAAAGAAGCCACUGUUGACUUCUACGGUAUGAAUUACUAUACGGCCCAGUUCUGUCGGCAUCGCACUACGCCAGCACCUGAGAAUGACUUCUUGGGCAACGUUGACGAGCUGCAAGAGAACUGCGAGGGCGUGUCUAUCGGGGAAAAGAGCGGAGUGUCUUGGCUGCGAUCUUGCCCAAAACAGUUCCAGAAACAUCUGGCUCUCAUUUAUCACCUGUAUCAGAAGCCCAUCUAUAUCACCGAGAAUGGGUGUCCCUGUCCUGGGGAAGACCUCAUGACCCGUGAAGAGUCGGUACAAGAUAUCUAUCGCAUUCAAUAA